AUGCAUGGAAGCGAAUUGAAAACGUGUAUUGGCGUUUGUGAUAAUAAUAAUAAUAAAAAUUAUGAACAGUUCAGAAAAUUGAAAUCAAAUAAUGAUACAAUUAUGAGAAGAGAACAUUUGGGAGAAAAACGAGAAAUGAAUAAUGGGGAUGGAAAGGAAUUAACAAUUUUAACAAACAAAAGGACAUAUUCUAAUGACAAUUAUAAGAAUAAUAUGAACAAUAGAAGAAGCUGUAGUAAAAUAAGUUUAUUAAAAUAUAAUGAAGAAAUAUUUAAACAUCAAAAUGAUAAGUGCAAUGAUGAAAAUAAUGAUAUGAGUGAUGAAAGCCAUAAUUAUUUAUAUAAUGAUAUGUAUAAUGAUCAAUAUAAUGAUAUACAUGAUGAUAUGCCUAAUAAUAUAAAUAAUGAUAUAUAUAAUGAUAUAUACAAUGAUAAACAAAGUGAGCUAUAUAAUGAUAAAAGUAGUGAUGCUACUAUAUACAAUGAUAAACAUUGUCAUAUGGAUAAAGUGCAGAAACAUAAAAAUGAUAAGAAUAAAAAGUUAAAAAAUGUUUUAAGCGGAAUAAGUUAUCAAAUGAAAAAUGCUAUGAAUGUAUUUGGAGAAGUAAAAGAGCAUAUAAAGUAUACAGCUAGCGAAGCAAAAAAAAAUAUGAAUUAUCCUUUUUGUAAGGCACCAUGUAAUAUAGAAAAUUUAAGGAACACGAUAUUUAUAAAUGAAGAAGAGAUAGUAAUAAAUAAAAAUAUAUAUAAAAAUAUUUUCAAUAAGAAGAAUAUUGAAAAAGAACAAGGGAAAAAUAAGAAAGAGAAUGAGGAACUUUUUUCAUGUAAUCAGAGUGAUAUAAUAAUAAAAGGUAAUUAUAAUUUCGGUAUAGAUAUAGAAAUGGUAUAUGUAAAUGAACAAAAUAAGAUAGUAGUAUAUGCAUAUGAUAAAGAAACCAAAAAAAAAAUACCAUGUACAUAUAAAUGGACACGUGUGUAUUAUAAUAAGGAAUGUGAAUUAGUUGAAAAAAAUGUAUAUCCUCAUAAAAAUGUAAUUUUAUAUGAUGAAAAUGAAUACGAAUUAACAUGUGAAGAUAUAGGAACAAAAAUAUAUGUUGAAUGUUCAUGUAUCAAUAAUGAGCAAAUAAAUGUGGAAAAUUUAUCUAAGUUUUAUUUAAAUGGUUCAACAAAUUCGGAGAAUUGUAAUUAUGAAGAGGGUGUUAUUGAUCAAAAAAGAAUUGAACAUAAAAAUAAAUACAACAUUGAUUAUAAUCAGAAUAAUAGAAAUGAUUCCCAUGCUGUUCUUCAUAUAGGUAAUGAUAAAAGUAUUAAUGAUUCUAAUGGCUUAUCAUCCCUAAAACAUUGUGUGACUAAGAAUAAUAAAUGUGAUGAAGAGGAGCAUUCAAGAAAUCAUGUUCUUGAAAAAAAAUCCAUGUAUUUAUUACAUAAUUAUUAUAAUAAAAAUGGAAAGGAAAAAGACGACAACAAUAAUAAUAAAAAAAAAAAUAUAUAUAUGUAUAAGGAGGAUACACCACCUAUAAAAGACUUAUCAUCAGAUGCAUAUGCUUCAUACGAAUCAUCCAUAUUAAAUAAGAAUUCAUCUUCCACUAUUGUUUUAAAUAAUGAUAAAAAUAUUUAUAAUAAUAAAAAAUAUCAGGGAGUAGCUAUAGGUGAAAUUGGGCCUUUAAAUAUAAAUGAGAAAACUAAAAAAAUGUUAGAACGAAUUAUAGAAAAUGACACCAUUAGAUAUCCUAUAUAUAUAAUAAAAAAGGUAUAUAACGAUGAAGAGACUUGUAAUGAUUUUAUAAAUAAUGAUGAUAUGAAUAGAAAUAAAAAAGAUGAUACAUUAAAAAUAUAUAAUGAUGAUAAUAGUUUAGAUAGUUUUACUGUAAAUUCAAAUAUAGAGAGUGAACAUGAUAUGGAUAUAUAUAUGUUAUAUAUACAUAAAAAUGAAAUAAAAAUAAUUGAUCAUAAUAAUAUGAAUCACAUGAACAAUGUUAAUAAUAUUAUGAGUAAUGUAAAAUCUAUGGAUAAGAUAAAAAAAAAUAUGUGGACGCAUAAAUUUCAUUACAUAUAUCCAUAUGUUCAUUUUAUGGGUACAAAACAUAAACAAAAUAAUAAAAAGGAUACUUUUCAAUUAUAUAUAAAUGAAAAAGAAUAUUAUAUAUGCAAAUGUUUAUAUAAAAGACAUAGAGAUUUAAUAGCUAUUAUAUUAAGAUAUAUGCAUGCAAACCUAUAUAUAAUAAAUGAUUAUAUUUUUAAUAAUAUAAAUCAAAAUUUUGAAAAAACAAGAGUUAAAAAUAUAUUUGAGAAUAUUGAUGUUAAUUAUAUCUUGCAAAAUAUAAAUAAAGAGUUAUUAAUAAAUCGUAAAAUAACUCAAAAAUGUUAUCUAAAAAUAAAUAAAUUGCAAAGUGAAAAAAAUAUGUUGGAGGAGGAGUUGAAGAGUACAAUCCAGGCCUUUCAAUCUCAGCUGGAUAAUGUGAAAAAAUUCAAAGAUGAAAACGACCUUAUACAAACAAAUGAAAAGCUCAUGAAGGAAAUAAAAAUAUUGCAAGAGAAGUAUAGAAACGUAGAUUUGUUUUUCAAAAAUAAGUAUAAGACAUUGAUAAGUGACAUAGAAAAGUACAAAAAAUUAUUGGAGGAAAAUAAAUCCAAGGUUAAUGAAGAUGACGUGGAAAAGUUACAAUCGAAAUUGAGGACACUAGAAAAAGAAAAGGAUAAUUUAUUAAAUGAAAAUGUUCAAAUGUGCAAUAUAUACAACGAAGAGAAAAAAAACAAAACUGAGCUGGAAAAUAAGUUGAAAGGUUUAAGCAUAAAACUAGAGACUUUAAACAAUUCUUUACAGGAAGAAAAAAUUCAAAGAAAUAUUAAUUCCGAAUCCUUAAAAGAGAUGGAAGAAUUAAAAAGAAACAAUAAGGAUUUACAACAGAAAAAUGUAAAAAUUUCGGAUGAAAUGAAUUUAUUAAUAACUGAAAAAAAUAGACUAACCAAAUUAGUAGAUUCUCUAACAAAAGAUAUAGAAAAGUCUAAAAUAAAUAAAAAUGUGAAGAGUACAGACAAUAAAAUGGAUAUAGAUCAAGAUAAAGAAAAGUUAUUCAAAGAAAUUUCGUUAUUAAAAGAUGAAAACGAAUUAUUAAAAAAAAGAAUAAAAAAGUUGGCAAAAAUGAGCACCAUCAGAACUUAA